AUGAACUUCUUCACCACCACCCUCAUCGCCCUCUUCGCCGCCGGCGCUCUCGCUGCCCCAGCCGAACUGGAAGCCCGCGCUGACUGCGGCGUCAUCCUCCCCGCCUGCAAUGGUGGCAACAUCGUCGGCAAGACCGACUGCCGCUGCAACGGCCAGGUCGCUCCUUGCGACCUCUGGCAGUGCCCCGGAACCACCAACAACGUCAUGGCUUGCGGCCAGGAGGGAACUGGAUGUGUCUGGCUUUAG